UAUGUAUGUCGCGUAGUCCUUCGACAAGUCGCGAUAUUUAUAAAUUUUUUUAGUUAAAUGGACGUUGAGAAAAGUGCUCUCGAUGUGUUUGACUUGUUGUAACAAACCGGAACGUUCGAAUUGCCCUCCCGGAGCGUUUUCGAGCGUCGCUCCGGAGGACGUCGCGACGUCCGUGUGAAUGUUUGACAGGUAUCUUGGUCGUCGUUGACGGCACGGUCUUUUGUUUUGAGGGUCGGGGGGCGUCCAUCGACGCCCUGUGUGUGCAAAUCAGGUAGUGGCGAAGUUAAAAGUGUCCAAAUUUGAGGCGUUUGAGUGGUUUUUGUGCGUCUAAUUUUGAGGGAAUUUCAACCCAGCGCCUUCGCCAUUUUGUACUGCUUUAGGCGUAUACAGGUCGUGUUGACACGGCGCCCCAUAUAAUACCAGGGCCGCAAAUUGACUCAAAAUCGACUCGGUGCCCCUUUUAGGGCCACUUGUGGGGGUUGGGGACACAGGGCCGAAAAACUGGGUCGGAAUUUCCUCGCGGUGAAAUACAGUGGAUUUUUACAUGAGUGACGUUUUAUGGAUAAGUGUGGGAUUAGCGCUGGAGGGGCCCUUUCAGUAUUAGUGAAGAGCAGAAGCGGCAUCGUCAUGUGGUAGGCGGGGCUGGGGGGUGUAGCCCCCCUGUAGACCUGGCGCCGCCAUCACGGAUCACCACGGCGACCGUCACAGAUGUCCUGACAGCGGGGCCAGGGCCUCCAGAAUGCCUGUGGAAGAAGAUUAUGGCAGAAGACAGAUUACGCUACAGCAGCAUGCUUCCCAGUCGCCGGUACCGCCGUCCUUGCAGUGUCCCGUUGGUUGUAUUUCUGCGCCUGCAGAUCAUCGCUAUGCAAGCGAUAAGAAUCUGCUUGAUCCUGCUGAGCGCUACUCAGACAGGUUCGGUUCGGAGCGCAGCAAUUCGGAUAGGCUGCCGUCGGGAGAACGGUACCAAGGGGUGUCGGAAAGGUACCCGCUGGGGGAGAGGCCUCAGACCUCCGUUUCGUCUGAACGCUUGCAGCCCGCCGAGGAACGAACGCAAUUCCAGACGGAACGAUACCAUUAUGCUACGUGUCAGAGGUACCCGGAAAGGUACACGCCCGUCGGUAGCCUCGAUAGGUACCACACGCACACUGUCGAUAGGUACUCGAGAACGAGCACUCCGACCGAUCGGUACCACACUCUGUCUGACAAAGACAAAACUAACGCUUCCGAUAGAUAUACACCCAUCGAGAAGUACCAAGGGGAGAACUUCAGUGCCAACGAUAGGCACAAUUCCGCGCAAAGCGUCUGUUCCAUCGAACGUUACACGCCGACGGAACGACACAGAAGUAAAUCAAGUGACAUGUACAAAAUCAGAGAGAGAUCAGCCAGUUCGGAUAGAAAAACUGAACGGUACCAACAGUACCAGAACAGGUACGACCAGUACGUUCCUGAACGUUUUCCCGCUAUUCCGUGUCCUGAACGGUUCGCGACGCAGGAACGGAACGAGCGUGUACCUUUCACUCAAGUACCUUACAUGGAACCACCUUCUCCAGCUCCGGCAAGCGAUAGAUUUGUACCACCGCCGCCUCUAUCCCCCGAGAACACACCAAGUCCCGACUGUUUUCCUAAUAACGCUUUUCCUUCUCCUACUAACACGGUACCACCCGCACCCGAACGUUUCAUUCCACCACCACCACUAUCACCUUCGCCCACAGAAAAGUACUCCCCUAAGAAAGUCGAAAGGUACGAAAAACAAAGGUACCCGGAUCGCUACGACCGGUACCACCGCAACCAAUACUACCCCCCAAAUGAACGCUAUCAUGUAAAUCCUGACCGUUUUGUCACCAACGACCGGUAUAUCCCACCCAACGCUCACAUGCCCGUCGAACGGUACGUUCCCCAACAGCAGGAACCCUACUACAACACAUACCAAUCGUACGAACGCUAUCCCAAAUUCAACGCAAACGACCCGUAUAUGCGACGCGAUUUAGCGUUCCAUUACCGCCUUCCGCUUCCUUAUUCCUCCAACCAGUACCAAAGAAUCCGGUACUCCCACAUGGGUACCCCAAACCGUGUUAAAUGUUGUCAGUACCAAGACGGGUAUCAACUAUCCAAAUCGAGUCCCGGUUCCAGUUCGAGCAGUUCAGUGACGAGUCAAGGCAAAGACCUCCACCAAAAAGAAGUACCAUGUGUCAACAACUCCAGUCUUCAAGAAAUGCAGUGCCAAAGCUACCAAACUUGUGCGUACCAACAGGAAAAGGGGACGCAGUGCGGCAAAGAGUGCGUCGGUUUUGUGUCGCCUAAUUUACGCGCGAAAGGACAAUGUCGCCACAGCAUCUGCGCCAGUCCUAGCGUGGAGUACGUGGGGGCUUCGGGGGGUCGACACGUGUGUGCCACCCCGCCCCCGAGGGGCAGCAUCGGCUCGGCCGACGGGUCGGUCUGCAACGACAACUGCUGCACGACGAGGAGGUCCCAGAACUCCUUGACCGUGGCUGUUUGGAGGGCAGCGGCGCCUUCGCAGCCCCCAGCCCCACAGCAACAGCCCUCGCCGCCGCAACAACGUACUACCACUCCAGUAACUGAUGACGCAUCAUCAUCCGACCCGAAACCCUCCGAAACACCAGAACUUCGCCAGCCUCAACAUUCGCCAGCGUCGUCGAAAAUCCCACCCGUCCAAAGGGCGGUUUCCUUGCCAGCAACCUCUCCCCCGGAACGGCCCAGGAUACAACCCCGUCUAGGGUACACCCAAAGCGAGAGGUUGCCAAAUCGGCCAUCGUUAGCUCGAUCUUUAUCACGGAAAGAAAUGAUCAAAAAUUACAUAAAGAAGGAAACUGCCACUUUUUUCGGUGUGGAUGAAGAGAGUGAGGAGAAACAGCAAAGGAGAUGGCUGGAUCGCAGGAUCAGAAUGGCUUCCAGGACGUAUGGGCCGUUAAAAGAUGAGUACAGGACGUUGGGGUCGACGUAUAGACGGACCAUUUCCGAGAUGGCUCCGGGCGGCCGGAUGUCGGGACAGUUACAAGCUGAAAGACCUGAUGUUCUUCCGGGGCCGAACGAUGUUGUAGACACUAAUCAGGAGAGGUUGCAUGAGGUCACGGUGCGGCGAAAGGACUCGGUGGCGAGAAUGACCUGGGACGGCUUGUCCUACGUUGUUAAUACUUUGACGAGACACCGACCUAGAAGAAGAUCACAACAGAGCCAGCAAUCGAGGAGUUUUCCACCUGACACUCCUUACAGUUCCAGCAGUGUCGAAGAGGAAACAUUUUUCCAAAAACCGACUUCUCCGACCUCGCCCCGACCCCAGGAGGAAGGUGACACGAUAGAUAGGGGUCACGAAGCCACCCUCCAACCAGCAUACAGAGACCGGUUAACAAUCCGGCCGGGUUCUGGGGGUUGGAGAAGAGAGCCCCAUGUGGUGUUACGACAUGAGGGACAGAAUAGACCCACAGUUGGAGGUUCGAGGGUGUUUUCGUCAUUGCUUGACAACGUUUUAGACAAUUCAAACCGUCGACAAUAUGGUAUGGGUUGGGUGGGUCGAAUGUUCGGGCGUUCGAUACGACAUUCGGUGACUCAAGAUGACAAGAUUUUACAACAAUUGGACGACAUGGAGGACCAUAGACCGAUGUUCACUUAUUGGGUGACGACAGUACAAAUUUUAGUUUUGUUUAUUUCUUUAGUGUGUUACGGGUUGGGGCCCUUUGGGAUUGAUUUACAUUCAAGGUCGGGACAAGUCUUAGUGACUAGUUUGUCGUUACAACAGGUUGAUUACAUGGAACCGGCGAAUUUUUGGUUUGGCCCAAGAGCCAGCGAUUUGAUUCAUUUGGGGGCGAAAUUCGCCCCUUGUAUGAGAAUAGAUGACAAGAUUUCGCAACAGAUUGAUAAGAUUAGGGCAAAAGAACGGGAAACAGCGUGUUGUAUCAGGAAUGACGAUUCGGGGUGUGUGCAAUCGUCACAGGCCGAUUGUUCUUUGAGAGGAUUAAGACCUACGAAAACAAUAUCGAAGUGGAAGAAAUGGAGCGCCGGCGAGGCAGGUCCUGGGGGGCGCAUUUCCGGUUCAGUCUGCGGCUUAGACCCAAAAUUUUGUGAUGCCCCGGCAAGUGUGCACCCAUACGAAUGGCCCGAUGACAUCACAAAAUGGCCCAUUUGUCGCAAGACCAACACCCAAUUCUCCAUUCAGAAACGUAGUGGAAGUCGGGAUAAAAGCGCCGAACAUAUGGUCUGUGAAGUCAUUGGACACCCAUGCUGCAUUGGCAUCCACGGCCAAUGCAAAAUCACCACCAAGGAGUACUGCGAUUUCGUUCAAGGGACGUUUCACGAAGAAGCUUCCUUGUGCUCGCAGGUGUCUUGUUUGAACGACGUGUGCGGAAUGCUUCCGUUCUACUUCGCCGAAACCCCAGAUCAGUUCUACCGCCUGUGGACCUCCUUGUUUCUCCACGCCGGAGUCCUCCAGCUGGCCGUCACUGUCCUCAUCCAGUAUUUCUUGAUGCGAGAUUUGGAAAAACUGACGGGGAGUCUCCGCAUCGGCAUCAUCUACAUCGGGUCGGGCGUCGCCGGUAACCUCGCCAGCGCCAUCUUCGUGCCCUAUCGAGCCGAUGUUGGUCCUGCCGGGUCGCAAUUCGGGCUGUUGGCGUGUCUGAUCGUGGAGGUUCUCAACUCGUGGCCCAUGCUGAAACACCCCAACCAGGCCCUCUGUAAGCUCCUCUCCAUCACUCUCGUCCUCUUCCUUAUCGGCCUCCUGCCUUGGGUCGAUAAUUACGCUCAUUUGUUCGGUUUUGUGUUCGGUUUUCUGUUAUCGUACGCGUUGUUGCCGUUUAUUUCGUUCGGUGUGUACGAAAGACGCAAGAAGAUUGUCCUGAUUUGGGUGUGUUUGGUCUCGGCUGGGGUCCUUUUUAUCUGUCUGGUCCUCCUCUUCUACAUUAUACCGGUUUACGACUGCAAAAUCUGCUCGUACUUCAAUUGUAUACCGUUCACGCGCGAUUUCUGUGCUUCGCAAAAUAUUAAUUUCAAAAGAGAGGAACCUAUAGUAUGACAAAUAGGGUUACGGUUUGUAACCGUAUUGUUUUAUUACAUUAUUUUUGAAAGUACUUAAGUUUUUAUAAAUGCUUGAUUUAAUAAAUUUUGUUUGUUUUUUUUU